CAUAAAUCGUCGUCGUUUUUACGCUUCCUUCUAUCUGAACGCAAGAGAGAGAGAGAGAGAGAGCUGUGGAAAUCUCAGAGAUCUUCGAUCGAAGAAGUUGCAAAGUCCGAAGGAGAUGUUGCCCACAGUCUCGAAAGGGCGGUCAACGUCCUCUGCUUCCCGAGCCAACCCUAUGUUCCUUCCGUACCUACGCCGGAUAGUCAAGUGGCAACAAAUGGAUGUUGAAUAUUCCUUUUGGCAAAUGCUUCACCUAUGCACCUCGCCAAAAGUUGUCUAUCAGCACACUAAGUAUCACAAGCAAACUAAGAAUCAAUGGGCACGUGAUGAUCCCGCUUUUAUUGUGAUCUGCAGCCUUCUUUUGACAGUUGCAACUUUGGCUUAUUGUGCUGCGUAUGACCAUAGUGCUGCACAUGCUGUUUAUGUAGUUAUCUCAGUAUUGCUUUUCCAUUUUUUAGUAACUGGAGUAGUUCUAGCUACAUGCUGUUGGUUCCUGACUAAUUCUUACCUUCGGCCAGAGGCUCCCUCCAACAGUCAUGUGGUUGAGCAACGAGUUGAAUGGCUGUACGCGUUUGACGUUCACUGCAACUCUUUCUUUCCUAUGUUUGUUAUGCUUUAUGUGAUACAAUAUUUUAUGUCACCCCUUUUGGUAGCCCAUGGUUUCAUUCCUGUAUUGCUAUCAAACUUGCUCUUCAUGGUGGCUGCUUCUUACUACCAUUAUCUGAACUUUUUAGGUUAUGAUGUAUUGCCCUUUCUGGAGAGGACCACAUUCUUUCUAUACCCUAUUGGCGCUGUCAUUGUCCUUUCUCCUAUUUUGAUUUUGAGCGGCUUCAAUCCUUCAAGAUAUUUUAUGAACAUGUAUUUUAGCCAAAGGUUAUGAUUCACCGAGGCUAACUAACAGUUCAGGUUAGCAUAUAUAAUGAAAUGAGGUUUGGGGACUACUAGUUCAGGGACUGCAUCAACGCGAGAAAAGGCUUUGAUGAAUGCAAUGAUCGUUAAACAAGUUUCGUAGCUUUCUUUCUGGCUUCUGGGCAUCUUACCACUGCAAAAUCAAGUUGGAACCAAGUGAAGUCAGGGCAGCUAAGUGUAUAUUUUCUUCUCCAGAAUAUUGACCAAAUAGAUAUGCUGAAUGUAUCCAUUUUUCCCCUUCUCACAUGUCUUCCGCCAAUAUAUAUUUCAAAAACUCAAAAAGUGUCUGCCCCUUUUCAAUUGGGUGGUAAUUUUUCACUUUUUUAAGGCACCUGUUGAUUGUUGUCCUUCAAAGCUAGAAAAUUGCUUUAGAUUUGAUUGAUUUCGAA